CUUCUCCGGCGCGGCCGCUCCUUCCUGCAUCGCCGACCUCCCUGUCGCCCACGCCCUAUUCCGCACCUCACCUCGUGCUUGCCGCCUCACGGACGAAAAGAAUCAACCAUCACAAGAUGCGCGCUGGAUCUCACCGCGGACCAUUUUUCCGUCCUGGUUUCUCCUCACCCUAGCUGGUCAUGGUAUUCACCUCGGGUAUGGACUAUGGGGUCAGUGGUUACCAAUUUAUCAAAUGGUGAUCUCAGUUUGAGUCAUAUUAUUAUAUAAGUUCAUCUGAUAGAUAUGCUCGAAGGUGAUCUAGAACCCUGGCAGGAGAUGGCCAACACCGUGCUACCUGACGAUCUGGUGGUGGAGAUCCUAUCUCGGCUGCCGCUGAAGUCCUUUUGCCGCUUCAAAUGUGUCUGCAAAUCUUGGCUUGCCUUCUCAUCUGAUCCACACUACCGCCAGAAGCUACCAAGAAAUCCUAUCGGUCUCUUGUACCAGAAACGUGAGCAUGGCACUUCCAUCCAUCUUGCCGGGCUUCCCUCAAGGGAUAGGGAUAUUGACACAACACUUGGCUUUGUGCCAUGUCGUGAGUACCCCUUAGAGCUUAAGGAUUGCAGCAAUGGACUAAUGCUUUGUUACCAUGGUGGUAUUAUGUACUCUGAAGGAAUCUCCGACCCCAUUGUGUGCAAUCCAGCAACUCAAGAGUGGAUGGAAAUUCCAUAUGCUGAACCUGGAUCAGCCGCCAAUGAGAUCGAUCUCAAGUUGUGUUUUGAUCCUUUAUGGUCUCAACACUUCUAUGUCUUCAAAUUUGAGUCGAGCCCGAGCCCUGACCCAGACCAUGGAACCUCCACUGAAGUUAAGGUAUUUUUCUCCGAGGAUUCCACAUGGUCUACUUGUCUUUGGGAAACUGAAGAUGCAUUUUGGGGCGAUUCACUUUUUGUAAACGGGGUGUUGUAUGUGGGGCACUUAUGGGGGCAUUGCCUUCUGGCGCUCGAUGCACCUGACACACUCACACAGUUGCUCAGUGAUAGGACCAUUCAGCUACCAGGAUUUCCAUAUGCACCAGAUCAGAAGUUUUACUGCUGUGAUGGGUGUCUUUGCCAGUCAUCUGGGGUCUUAUGCUAUGCACAACAAGAAUUGGAUGGUUGUAUGUUGCGAAUCUGGAGUUUGGAAGGUGCUGACAGGUGGGUGGUGAAGCAUCGUCUAAGUGUGAAUGAUGUAUUUGGGAGGGACAUGCUGCUCCGUACUAAUAGUCGAGGAUUGUGGUAUUUCGAUUAUGAGAUCCUGGAUUUUGACCUGGAGAGAGAGCUGGUUAUCCUUGCUGACCUAGCUACUGAUAAGGUGCUCUCAGUUAGCAUUAGCACCGGAGAAGGCUCAGAGAUUCUAAAGAUUCCAAGUUUCUUUGAGCUGUAUCGAAGUCUAUUCUAUGUGCCAUACUAUUGCAAGUUUCCAGCUUCAGUGCUUCAAGGGGCUCAAGACUAAUGUUAGCUUAAAUAUUUAUCCUAAUGAAUCAUGUAAUUCUCUAUGCAUUAGCUGUAGCCAACAUCUAUUACCUAUGUACUGGAUUGGUGCAUCAGCUGUAGCAAACAUCUCUGUGUGUUAUGUAUGCUCAUCUUGUUGAUACUUA